AUGACACGCCUACGCACUGCUAUCCUCGACGAUUACCAGCGCGUCGCCUUGACAUGCGCAGACUGGUCACCGAUCCGAGACCAGCUAGAGAUUGACAUUUACACGGAGACCAUUCACGACGAGGAUCGACUGGCGGAUCGUCUGCACCCCUACGCUAUCAUUUGUGCGAUGCGAGAGCGGACCAAGUUCACAGCGAGCUUGUUGGACAAGUUGCCGAACCUUAAGCUUAUCGCCACCACCGGAAUGCGCAAUGCCGGGAUUGAUGUGAAGCAUGCCCACAAGAACGGUGUGAUUGUUUCUGGAACAGGGAGCAAAGGAGAAUCUACCCUCGAACAUAUCUGGGCCCUGCUUCUAGCAACUGUUAGGUACAUCACGGUAGAGGAUGCUAAUGUCAAGUCACUCCACCCUCGAUGGCAAACAACGCUGCCCCUGGGCCUGACAGACAGGACCCUCGGAAUCAUAGGCGUAGGACGGCUCGGCAUUAAAACAGCCAACAUCGCGAAAGCUUUCGGCAUGAAAGUUAUUGGAUGGUCUCCUCACCUGACACCGGAACGGGCUGAAGAAGCAGGAAUCGAAUAUGCUUCCAGAGAGGACCUCUUCACGCAUAGCGACAUUGUCUCAGUGCACAUGGUUCUAUCGCCCAGCACCCGGCACCUCAUCACUGCAGAUGACUUGGGACGGAUGAAGAAGACUGCGUUCUUCAUCAACACAGCCCGAGGACCGAUAGUAGAUGAGAAGGCGUUGAUCCAAGUCUUGGAGGAAGGAAGGAUUGCUGGCGCAGGGCUUGAUGUCUUCGAUAUAGAACCACUUCCUCUUGACCAUCCAAUUCGACAACUGAAGAAUGUUGUUCUGAGCCCCCAUACAGGUUACGUCUCAGAUUCCAACUACGAGGCAUUUUGGGGCGAUACUGUGGACAACAUCGCGGGAUUCCUCCAAGGUAUACCAAAGAGGGUGAUUAAUUCGUAGAUCGUGGAUGCGAUGAACAGUGGUCGUUGUAUGUACUAGUACCGCAACACAUAAC